AAGAGUACAUGAAAGACGAGAUGAAUAUAUGGUUGUUAAAAAGUUACGCGUGUAUCACUGUGCUAUCGAUAUGGUCGCCAGCCUCUUACGCGCUACUUGGAAACGCCUUUUUUCUUUGCAACAUUCGUCUGUUUGCCUUCUUUACGAACAUCAAAUCAUCAGUGGAACUGGAUAGCGCGUAAUUCAAAGGGGGAACGAUAGAAGAGAGGAAUUUUCUGAAAAUAUCAAUUGUCUCGAUGUACGCACAAGUUGGCGCGCUCAAAUAUUCAAAGAGGCAUGCGCGUAUCAAUUCUAGAUUAAGGUUUUCAGAGAAUUUUACACGACUAUAUUGUUUGUUAUUUCCAUUUAAAAUAUAUCCUCUACCUGGAGGAAGAGAAAGAAAUUUUUCACUUUUAGAAACGUUCUCGACUUACUUGCCGAAUGGAAUCGCCGAAGCACGUGACAUAAAUCAACCGAUGCUAACCAUUAAAAAUAAGGUGGUUGCGAAGCAAGCAACGAGAAGCGAUGGACAAGAAUCAUUCGUAUCUCUUAGGAUGGAAGAAAAGGAAGAAGAGAAAGAAAUUAAUUGCACGGAUCGUUCUAUAUUUGAUUUUCCCGAGGAUUUGUUCACAUACAAAGAACGUCGUCACGGGGCCGUAGUGUUGCAUACCUUUCUCGGAUUAUAUUGUUUUCUAUUGACAGCAUUUGUUUGCCAUGAUUAUCUAUUACCGGCUAUCGACUGCAUAUGCGUCAGUAUGAACAUAAGCACCGAUGUUGCUGGAGCAACGUUUCUUGCUAUGAGCAGUUCCUUCCCCGAAUUAUUCGUGAAUAUAAUUGGAACGUUCCUAACCGAGUCGGAUCUUGGUGUUGGUACUGUUGUCGGUAGCGCCGUAUUCGACACGUUUGCAACUCCGGCCUGCGGAGCGUUAACGACUCUUUGCGCGAUACCGUUAGAAUGGCGAAUAUUGUCACGAGACUGUGCAAUGUAUGUGGUAUCUAUUGGAGCAUUGGUAGCAAUAAUGUGGGAUCGUCGGAUUCAUUGGUACGAAGCCAUGAUUUUGAUAAUGUUGUUGUGCAUUUACCUAAUCUUGCUCUUUUGUGGCAAAGGUAUUUGGCGGUGUUGCGGUAAAAUCGCUCCUUUUAAUUCUAAAUCCGCGGCAAAGUUGUCUAACGUUGGAGAGAAGUUGCCUCGUAAUGGCUCCUACAAACUGCGCUCUCCAGAUGAUGUUGUUGCAGUCAAUCCUAGCAAGAACGUAGAUAUUAAAAAAUUGGAAAGCCAACAGCGUGAUCUCGAAAAUGUUCUAGAAAAUUUGGACAAAUCGCUGGAACGUUCUGUUUCUGAAUAUUUAUUUACUUGGCCAAGGGAACGAACUAUGAUUGCAAAAUGUUGGUUUAUGUUUGGUUGGCCAUUGAAAUUUUUGCUAUAUGUAACGAUACCAGAUGUCAGGAUCGAACGAUUGAAACGCUGGUAUCCAUUGACAUUCAUUAUGUGCGUGAUUUGGAUCGGAAUAUCUUCUUAUUUGGUUUCUUGGAUGACGACGGUUGUCGGUGAUACAAUAGAUAUCCCGGAUUCCAUUAUGGGUCUUACAUUUCUAGCCGCUGGUGGAAAUAUGCCGGAGCUUGCGUCCAUCGUGAUUUUAGCCAGACAAGGGGACGGAAAUAUGGCGAUGAGCAAUACGUUGGGGGCAAAUAUUCUCGACAUUUUACUUUGCUUGGGCUUACCGUGGACAAUAAGUUGUCUAAUGAAAGGAAAAGACGUGGAGAUCGUAUCAGGAGCUAUAUCCUACAGUGUACUUACAACAGUUGUUUGCAUAGUAGUUCUUUAUACAGUUAUAGCAUGUUUCAAUUUUAAAUUAAACAAAAAAGUAGGAAUCAUAUGUCUGGUGUUAUACACAAUAUUUUUAAUAUUUGCCAUUCUCGUAGAAUUGAACGUUUUCUUUUUUGUAAAUUUACCAAUGUGUCCUCAUAUCGAUGAAUUAUAUUGAUUGAUUUCGCAUAUU